ACUUUUCUGCCUGCACUGUUGACAUUAUGUUUAUUCUUAUUCGUUAUCCUGUGAUUUAUUUAUAAAUUUCUAAUUAAUAAUAUAUGAAAAGAAAUACCUCGCCGUGAUGUAAUACUAGAAUCAACGCUAGAGCCAUUUACGACUGAUUUGUUUAUUAAUGGACCGUGCAAAGGAUGAUCGGGUCAGUUAUGCUGGUCUAGCAGGAGGACUCACCGGUUGUAUAACACGAUUUAUAUGUCAACCUUUAGAUGUGUUGAAGAUUCGCCUGCAGCUACAGGUGGAACCAAUCAGCGUUGGUUCAAAUAUUUCUAAGUACCGUUCAAUAACACAAACAAUAUCUUGUAUAUACAGAGAGGAAGGAGUACGUGCCUUAUGGAAAGGACAUAAUCCGGCUCAGUUGUUGUCUCUCAUAUACGGUGUGGCACAGUUUUCAUUCUACGAAAGAUUUAACUUAGUGCUUAGAGAUUCGACAAUUCUGCAGGGUCAUGAUCGCGCAAGGAAUUUUAUGUGCGGUGCAUGCAGUGGUUCUUUUGCUGCACUAAUAAUUAUGCCUUUGGAUGUGAUAAGAACCAGAGUAGUUUCACAAGAUCCUGGUAAAGGCUACAAAAACAUGUUUCAAGCCAUCAGUGUAAUAUAUCGAAUAGAAGGCGUUCGUGGGUUGUACAGAGGCUUAGGUCCCGCUAUGCUACAAAUAGCGCCUCUCACAGGAGGACAAUUUAUGUUCUACAACUUAUUUGGAUCAACGAUCAAAAGGAUCGAACAUCUUCCCGAGAAUGCUGUGCUUCCACCAACUGAGCUGUUCAUAUGCGGAGGACUUGCUGGUUUGUGUACCAAACUGUUAGUUUAUCCGUUAGAUUUGGCCAAGAAACGGCUUCAGAUACAGGGAUUUGCAAAAAAUCGACAGACAUUCGGGCAGCAUUUCGUGGCCAAUCAUAUGCUACAUUGUUUGUACGAGGUUGGCCGCCACGAAGGUCUUCGUGGAUUGUACAAAGGACUAAGUCCAUCGCUACUAAAGGCAGGUUUCACAUCUGCAUUCUACUUCACCAUCUAUGAUUGGCUGCUGUUAUUGUUCAACAAAAAGAUAGCAAAGACGACGUAGUUUUUGCUUGCUAACAGGUGUUUUUAUAGCACAAAACCAAAUGAUUAUUUUUGUAUGCUUCGAAUUUAUUAAUAGUUUCAAUAAAUUAGAAAAACUUGUUA